AUGUAUACCUUGCCUCCUGCUGAUCCAUUCCAAAGGACGGAUCCAAUGAUAAUGGGGAAUGGAAGCAGUGAAGAGAAGGAAGGGGAGGGAAAUGAGAAGAAUGGAUCAAAAGCCGAAGAUGAAGAUGACGGCGCAGAUGAAAUGGAAGAGGACGGCGAGGAGGAGUAUGACGGGAACGGGAAGCGCAAGAAACGGAAGCGACGAGUUCUCUUCACGAAAGGCCAAACUUAUGAGCUAGAGCGAAGGUUCCGUACCCAAAGGUAGGC